AUGAUAUGUUCGAAGGUUGGAAGUUGUUUAGAGCAAUGCUUUCUAGAAGAUGCGCUUCAUGCUAAUUCAUGUUCCAGAAAACGAUGUAAUAUUCAUUGCUUCGAUGAUGACUGUCCAUAUUGCAUUUAUGUUGCAAAAAGGAUAUUUUUGAGAAUUUGUCAUGCAAAUAAUAUUACCAAAUUACCAAAUGUAAAAUUUAAUGGUAAUUGUAUGGAAUUAUUCGAAUAUAUCCUUAAAGAAUAUAUCGCCGGUCGUCGAACAUAA